AUGGGCAACAUUUGCAGCAGCUGCUGUGAGUCGCAUGGUUGCGGUCGCUCCCGGAGCGCUUCGUACGAGCCAUUGCUGUUGGACAACGAGCGUGAUGCUGUAGCAGACCUGCUGCAGUACCUCGAGAACCGAUCGGAGACCAACUUCUUCGCUGGCGAUCCGCUGCGUUCGCUGUCCACGCUCUCAUUCAGCGACAAUGUCGACCUGCAACGCAGCGCCGCAUUGGCAUUUGCAGAAAUUACAGAAAAGGAGGUGCGGGAAGUCGGAAGGGACACACUCGAACCGAUCAUGUUCCUGCUGCAAAGCCAUGAUGUCGAGGUGCAGCGCGCUGCUAGUGCUGCUUUGGGAAACCUAGCUGUGAACGCCGAGAACAAGCUGCUCAUCGUCAAGCUUGGCGGGCUGGAGCCUCUCAUCCGUCAGAUGCUGAGUCCGAACGUUGAGGUCCAAUGCAACGCUGUUGGAUGCAUCACCAACUUGGCAACGCAUGAUGACAACAAGACCAAGAUCGCCAAGUCAGGCGCGUUGGUCCCCUUGACACGGCUCGCCCGAUCAAAGGAUAUGCGUGUGCAAAGGAACGCUACCGGGGCUCUACUCAACAUGACUCACAGCGAUGAGAACCGGCAGCAACUGGUCAACGCAGGUGCGAUUCCCGUUCUUGUCGGCUUGCUCAGCAGCUCAGAUACAGACGUGCAGUACUACUGCACCACAGCGCUGAGCAACAUCGCCGUCGAUGCAGUCAACCGCAAGAAGCUGGCGCAGACAGAGCCACGUCUGGUGCAAAACCUCAUCGGCUUGAUGGAGAGCUCCAGCUUGAAGGUCCAGUGCCAGUCGGCGCUAGCAUUGCGGAAUCUAGCAAGCGAUGAAAAGUAUCAGAUCGAGAUCGUGCGAUCGAACGGUUUGCCGCCACUUCUGCGACUCCUGCGAUCGUCCUUCCUGCCCCUCAUUCUGUCUGCUGCCGCCUGUGUCCGCAACGUCUCCAUCCACCCUCUGAACGAAAGCCCGAUCAUCGAGGCCGGCUUCCUGCACCCCCUGAUUGACCUCCUCAGCCAUGAAGACAACGAGGAGAUACAAUGCCACGCCAUCAGCACGCUUAGGAAUCUGGCAGCCAGCAGCGAGCGGAACAAGAGCGCUAUUGUGGAGGCCGGCGCCGUCGAGCGGAUCAAGGAGCUGGUGCUCUCCGUACCGCUAAGCGUGCAAAGCGAGAUGACCGCUUGCGCGGCCGUGCUUGCGCUGUCGGAGGACCUGAAACCGCAGCUGCUCGAGAUGGGCAUCUGCGAGGUGCUCAUCCCACUCACUGCGUCGCCCUCUGUCGAGGUGCAGGGAAACUCGGCAGCAGCGUUGGGCAACUUGUCGAGCAAGUCGGAAGACUACGCACCCUUCAACGCCGUCUGGUCGCAGCCUGAAGGCGGUUUGCACCAGUACCUCGUGCGUUUCCUCGAAUCGCAGGAUAGCACGUUCCAGCAUAUUGCCGUGUGGACGAUCGUCCAGCUGCUCGAGUCGAACGACGCGCAGCUCGAAGAGAACAUCCGAAGCAGCCAAGAGCUCCUGCCGCUCAUUCACCGUCUCGCCGUUGCCCAGCCGGAAUCAUCGCGACCGGCAAGCGAUGCCGGAGAGGGUAGCGACGAUGGUCAGGGAGCCGAGGGAGAGAUUUCGAGCUUGGCUCAGCGAAUUGUCAGCAUGCUGGAGGACGUACCAGCGGAUUCAUGAUCAAGCGCACGCUCACACGAACCGCGACGAUGACAGUCUCGUGGGACGUGGGACAAAGACGACGACAGUGGGCCCACAGAUACUGUGUUCACGCCUGGUGACGGGCCACACAAGCACGCGAGAGCUCAUGAUCGCCUUGGAACGGCUGCGCUAUCGCAAUAGGUCUUUUCAAUGCCUACUAGUUUUUUCACCGCCGGUUUCGCCCGUUUCUUUUUCACAUCUUCAUGUAAUAUUCUCUUCUCCCAUUUUCGUCAUCGGGUCCCUCCCCAUCGUAUUGAC